AUGCCGGAUAAAUCGAAAAGACCAACUUCUAGCUGCUCUGGAAAACCGCAAGCACUAAAAAAGAAGACAGUCACAAAAGAGUUAAAAGACUCUGAACGAAGCAGCGCAGAUAUAAAAGUAUCAGAACAGAUGAGUCUGCAGGCACUCGAUGGGAAGCCCGUAGAAUCCACGGAACAGGGGACCGUUGAACUUCAAGGAAGUGCCCAUGGAGGAGCACGCGAUGAAAGGGCGGUAGAAGAAUCAGACACUCCAGACCUGCUCUCGUCAUCGCCCAACCUAGAUGAAGCGACAACGUCCUCUCCAGUACUUGCGAGGCCAGGCUCGAGUCUUCUUCGGAUACGUACACAAAUAAGACAAGCGAAAGCUGCUGAAUCCAGGGACGCCUUAAAAGCCGUGUCCGAGACGGAGGAUACCGCUGACUCGGACGUCGACAGCGGAGACACAAACACCUCUCUGGACGCCUCCACGAUCCAUUGGAGGAAAUCGAAUGCUACUAAAUGA